ACACCCGCUUAGUUUUUUAGAUCUGGCACAUUCUAGAUUUGUUUGAUCAAACUUCAGCGGGCUCAGGUUUUGGUCAAAUCUUCGCGGUCCCUAGGUUUAAAGGGGCAGUGCACUGCUGUACGAGUGCCACCGGUAACAACAUCAACAGCAGCGACAGCACCAACGACUGCGACAUCAUCAUUAUCAUCAGUAUCAUCAGGUACAGCAACUACAACAUCAUCUCCAGCACCAUCAACUACAUGAUCAUCAGUAUCAUCAUCAUCAACUACAGUAACAUCAACUAAAGCAUCAUCAGUAUCAUCAUCAGCUACAGUAACAUCAACUACAACAUCACCAUUCCAGCACCAUCAAAUACAACAGCAUCAACGUCAUCAUCUACAGCACCAUCACCUGCAACAUCUCUCUACAGCAACAUCAACUACAACAGCAUUAUCUGCUACAGCACCAUCAACUACAACAUCAUCAUCGACAGCGCCAUCAACAUCAUCAUCUACAGCAACAUAAACUACAACAUCAUAAUCUACAGCACCAUCAACUGCAACAUCUCUCUACAGCACCAUCAACUACAACAGCAUUAUCUGCUACAGCACCAUCAACUACAACAUCAUCAUCAUCUACGGAAACAUCGUCAACUACAACAACAUCAUAAUCGGUGUCAUCAUCAGCGACAUCGAUCGAUAUCAACGACAACAGCAAGAAGAGAAUCGCCAUCAUCAGCGACACGAUCUGGGAUGGCGUGUGCAGUGGCCACCCCGGUGCUGGAGUCGAGCGGGGACUUCCCGGCAUGGCUGGAGGCGCAGGGCGUGAAUGCGGAGGUGGCCCGGGCCAUGGACUCGGAGCUGGGCAUCCGGGACUACGGGGUCCUGCGCGCCUGCGUCAGGGACGGCCUCGUGCGGGCCGAGCUGCUGGCCACGGCGCGCGACCGCCUGCCCUUCGGCUUCUACGCCGUGCUACGGCAGGUGGUGAAGGCCCUGCAGGAUGCCGAGCACCACGACGCCGGGACGCCGUGCUGGGACGACGCCACCGCUUCCUCCCCUGGCGACGUGACCCUGGGAGGCCUGGUGGACGUGCUGCUCGCGCUGUUCAGCGGCUUAAGCCGGGAGCUGCUGUUGUCCGUGCAGAGGCUGGGAGACAUUGAUAACACCGGAAUGUGCGCUGUUGGCUCCCCUUCAGCCAAACCGGUCGUCUCCCCUGAGAACAGUGUGAUGAAUGAAAUUGACGAUUACACACUGAAUGACGAGGAUGGCGAGAAAUUGAUUCCAGACAUGGGAGAUUCGAACGCUGUGGAUGAAUCAUCUACAAUUAAGACGGAGGCCCUUGAAGGUGCUAGUGGCAUUGAAGAAAAUUCGGGGUUCAUCGUGCAAGACGUCGUUUCACUACAAGGGAUGGGACUGAACUUCGCAAACUCCGAAAAAGUUGCUUCGUGUUCACGGCUGCAGCAGUAUCACAAUCGGCAGAGGACUGGAAGUGAAAUACGUACGUAUAAUAAUUCUGCAAAAACUGAACACUAUCACGGGCGACAAGAACCACCAAACGCCAUUGAGGAUUUGCCUAGCAGUCGGCAGGAUCCUGCUGUUGAAGAGGCCGACCGAUCAGUUAACCAGCUGGACACGUUAAGGUCGCUGGAAGCGAACGGGAAUGUUAACUUGGUGAACAAGCCAUACGAGUGCAUGGUGUGCAAGAAGAGCUUUGCGUGGCUCUCACUUCUUAAAUAUCACCAUCGCAUACACACGGGAGAGAAGCCGUUCCGCUGCAAGAUGUGCAACCGGUCCUUUGCGCAGUCUUGCAAUCUGAAGGUCCACGAGCGCACGCACACGGGGCAGAAGCCCUACCGUUGUGAUAUUUGCAACAGCAGCUUUUCGCGCAGUCAUCACUUAAAAGGUCACCAGCGCACGCACAAGCCUUGAGCAGAAAUAGUGGUACAAGAAAUACGAUUGUUGAUUUGUGCAUAAUUGAUUUGUGCUACUGGACAUCUGUGAAAA